AUGCUUCAAUGGGCCAUAGAAUUGAACGAAUUUGGAAUCGAGUUCCAACCCAGAUUGUCCAUGAAAGGCCAAGUAAUGGCUGACUUCGUGCUGGAAUACUCCCGAAGGCCCAUCCAACACAAGGAACCAAGCGAAGAAGAAUGGUGGACUUUGCGAGUCAAUGGAGCCUCCCGAUCGUUAGGAUCCGGGGUAGGGCUCCUGCUGCAAUCCCCAACCGAAGAACAUCUGGAGCAAGCCAUCCGGCUGGGGUUCCCCGCCUCUAACAAUAAAGCAGAAUAUGAGGUCAUCCUAUCCGGAUUAGACCUCGCCCUGGCUCUAUCCGUCCCCAAGCUCCGGAUCUAUAGUGAUUCCCAACUCGUGGUAAGACACGUCCAGAAGGAAUACGAAGCUAAGGAUGCGCGCAUGGCGCGAUAUCUAGCUAAAGUAAGGGACACCUUACAGCGAUUCGCCGAGCGGACAAUCGAAAAAAUUAGGCGAACUGAAAAUGGGCGCGCUGACGCUUUGGCAGGCAUAGCUGCCUCCCUCCCUGUCAAAGAAGCCAUAUUGUUGCUUAUACAUGUGCAAGUCAACCCUUCCGUCAUGGAAGUCCCCACUUGCAACACCAUUGAGGUAAAUCAAGCAGACAGCCAAGAAUGGACAAACGACAUUAUAGGGUACCUCUGGACAGACACUCUGCCCGAAGACCCCAAACAGGCACACAAGGUCCGGGUACAAGCCGCCCGUUUCACCCUAGUUGGGGGGCACUUAUACAAACGGUCUUUCACAGGUCCCUACCUUCGGUGCCUAAACCAUUCAGAGGCCCUGUAUGUAUUAACUGAAUUACACGAGGGAGUAUGUGGAAAUCAUUCUGGAGGGCGAUCUCUGGCGCAUAGGGCCCAUUCGCAAGGAUAUUACUGGCCCACAAUGAAGAAGGAUGCGGCAGCCUAUGUCAAAAAAUGUGACAAAUGUCAAAGGCAUGCCCCCAUUCCACAUAUGCCAUCGGGGGCAUUGAAACCAAUUUCAGGACCCUGGCCCUUCGCGCAGUGGGGCGUGGACAUAGUAGGACCCCUCCCAACCGCACCCACCCAAAAGAAAUUCCUGCUCGUCGCCACGGAUUACUUCAGUAAAUGGGUAGAAGCCGAAGCAUAUGCUAGCAUCAAAGAUAAAGAUGUCACCGAAUUCGUAUGGAAAAACAUCAUCUGCCGCUUCGGAAUCCCCCAAACCAUCAUAGCCGACAACGGUCCACAGUUUGAUAGCAUCGCAUUCCGGAAUUUCUGUUCGGAACUAAACAUCUGGAAUUCAUACUCCACACCGUGUUAUCCUCAAAGGCUACCCACCAUCCGGACCGAGGCAGGAAGGCAGGAUGAUGCAAAUGCAGAGUUAGGAAGAAACUUGGACUGGGCAGACGAAAUAAGAGAAACUGUAUCCAUCCGGAUGGCAGACUAUCAACAAAGGGCAUCAGCUCAUUACAAUCGUAAAGUAAGGCCCAGAAGCUUAAAAAAUGGUACGCUGGUCCUUAAGAAAAUUUUCGAAAAUACUGCUGAAAUAGGAGCGGGAAAAUUUCAAGCCAACUGGGAAAACCCCUAUAUAGUGUCUAAGGCAAGCGAAAGUGGAGCUUAUCAUCUACAAACGCUAGACGGAACUCCAUUACUCAAACCAUGGAAUGUGUCCAAUUUAAAGCAGUAUUAUCAAUGA